AUGGCCAUGGCGCUCCAGGCGGAUGACUCCGAUUUUCCUGACAAGACCAAGUUCUAUGAAAGGCUGGAAGAAGCCCUGUCCACCCGUCGACUUGAGAACUCCAACUACAUCAGAGCCGAGCAGUACGAGAAGUUCAUCAGAGAAACGAAAGAAGCAAAGAAUAACCGCUCGCUCUCCCUGUCGAAACGGCGCUUGCAGCGUUUCGCUGUGUGUGAAGUGGACGGGGUUGAGCAUCUGAUUGUCCCUCUAAAACCAGGCGAGACUAAUAUGAAAUUCUUCGUGAAAGUGGAAGAUUUGUAUGAUCGUAUCAAGACGCAUCACACGGCAACACACAAAGGCCGAAACCGUAUUGUUGCCAGCUGCAAUUUGAAGUACAAGAACAUAACCCAAGAGGCCAUCACUAUUUUUCUUCAGCUGUGUCCUGGCUGCCUAGGGAAAAAAAAAAUGAAGCUGAGAGGUUUGACAGUUAAACCAAUGGUCUUCAAUAAGUUCAAUGAUAGGUGCCAAAUUGACUUAAUCGACCUGCAAUCCGCACUUGUCGAGUGUCAACCCGGGGAUGAACAAGAGGUCGCCACAGACAGCUACAAGUGGAUUUUAGUCGUGCAGGACCAUCUCACCAAGUAUGUUCAUCUCCGCCCUCUGAAGUCUAAGAAGGCUGUGGAAGUGGCCCACCAUGUCGUGGAAAUCUUCCUGGACUUCGGCGCGCCCGCAAUUCUCCAGUCCGACAAUGGGCGCGCGGGCGCGCCGAAGUCCAGGAAGAUUUCCACGACAUGGUGGGCCACUUCCACAGCCUUCUUAGACUUCAGAGGGCGGAGAUGA